UACAAGUAAUAUAAAAUUAUUUGAAUUUGAAGAUAUAUGUGAUACAUGGCAAGAAAUGCAUGCAAGUAAUUAUGAUAAAAUCACAUGUAUUUCGAAAUUGCCUUUACUCGUGAUUUGUAAUAAGUACGGAUGGAUGGAUCGAUAGAGAAAGCUGGAAGAAAUGGAAUAUUUAAUGGAGAGGGUGGAGAAUAUAUAGGUUCGUCCUUAAACCACACUCUUUGGUGCUUCCUCACCGUCUUUCACAGAAAAAGCUAUGUAAAGAAAGAAUUUGAUUCUUCCAACUUUUUAUUCAUAAGGAGUAAUGUUUACAAAAUAUAUACAUAUUUUAUUCUAAAGACAAUGGUGGGUUUACUCUUUACGUGUCCCCACUAGUGGAAUCAUAUAUACAAAAGUAAAUAGUUGAGUACCCUUGAUAUCCGCCUUAUUAUUAGGCAAGAAUUGAGUGAUAUUUGAAUGUGUCAAUCCCACCAUUUUAUUAACUUUCCUAAUAAGAUUGUAAUCAGUAUUUCCUUUUCUUGAUAAACCAAAAAAAAGUCUAGAACUAAAAACCAUUCGGGGCCCGCGACCAAAUCAGAUUAAAUCAAACUCUUGAUUUCUUUGAAUCGCGACCAAAUCAGAUUAAAUCAUUAUUUACAUUUAAUCAAACUCUUGAUUUCUUUGAAUUAAUUAAUAAACUUAAUCACAUUUUUCUGCCACAUCUCAACUAGGAGAUUGUAGAGCAACUACAUUAUGAUUCUGGUUUGGACUUUCCUCCAUGUCUAAACAAAGUAUUUGUUUGUUUGUGUGUGUUGUCCGACCAGUAAAAUCAGCUUGUUUUCUGAAUCAUGGAUGCCUCCGAUCAUGAUUAUAACUAAAAUAGACAUCAACCUGAUGAUUAGAACAUGCACGCUAGUAAAAAGUAUUACUUAACAAGAGAGAUUUGGAGGCAUUAUAUGUUUUUUGAACAAACAUAUGUUUGUUCUAAGUCUUGGAAUUAAUAUAAUAAAAGAGAAAAGAGCCUUCGAACAAAUUAUAUAUGUUUCAUGCUCGUCUUCUAGGCUUCGCAACAACAUCCAAUUAUCUCUUUCUUCUUCUUUGUUGAUACAUUGUGAGCAAUCUCUGCAAAAUAAGUCUUACCGAGUUACCGGUCCUGGUUUACUCAAGACUAGAAGUUACUUGAGAAAAAGGCUGAUAAUGGCAAACUUGAUGCUAGUUGUGGAUUUUAAACAACAGUCGAACAGUGUUUAUACCACUAAACCUAAAGGAGCCUUUGAAAAAAAUGGCCAAAAAUGGUUUAUAAUGAUGAAAGUUGGAAGCCCAUGUUUCUAUUGCUUCCCCAUAAGGGUGGGCCUGCAGUUCCAACAUCAUUGUGAUGCAAGCAAGAACUUUCUUCUAAUAACAAAAGCAAGAGUCAUCAUUUAAAGGAGAAAAGAAUGUGAAUGGUUAAAACCCAUAUUAAGGACUAAAAAACGUGUGCAACUAUUUUGUAACCCAUUUUUCAACCAAUUUUCUUCUCAUUUCUUAGAAUGCUUCCUUUAUCUUACGUCUUUACUUUUGUUCUCGUCGCAUCUGCAUGAGAUUUGUGAAUAAUUAGGUAUUUGACUGAGAUAUGACAAAAUCAUAUUGGUAUAAUUUAUUUUCGCAAUGCAGAAUUUAAUAAAACUGGGAAACUGAACACAUAAAUUUGUUACUUGUUAUACAGCAGUGUAUCACCCUAUAUUCUUGCUCAAAACUAGAAGAAUACACACAGUUUUUGGAUCAUAUGAUUCAGAGAAGAUUGUUUUUUACUAUAUGUUGAAGUAGACGUUGUAGACCGCGAUACUCAAUUCAAUACAUCUUUACCUUUGAAUGAAUUACAUGAUUCAAUAAGAUGAAAAUUUACGUAGUAUUAUAUUAAAGCUACAUGGUGUAAUUUUUUUUGUAAUCAAAUAAUAUACUAUAAAUAGGAGGAAGAUACUAUAUUUUCCCAUUGACCACGUGAACUAUUGUAGAAAUAUAUAUGGGUUGUAUUAUAGACGUCAUGUGUGCAACAAUGCUUAUGUAAGCACUAAGCAAACUUUCUUUUUAUGAAAACUACGAAGAAAUUUUUAAGAUAUUAUUUUUGAAAAAAUGUUAAUUCAUAAAUGGUUUCAAAAAUGAAUUUUGACUGUAUAAUAAAAUUAUAAUGACAAUAUUAACACUAAAUUAUGUGGGAGGCCACUUGUAGUCAGUCAACUUCCAAAAGAACACGCACUCUCUCCGCAUGCUCUGCCCAAAUUCUUCCUUCCCCAAAUUCACAUCGUGAACGUGACUUUCUUAUCUACUGGUCAACUCAAAACAACUUGACACGUGGCAUCAUCCUAACGGCCUUGUCACUUUAUUACCGUCUUUAGUCUGUACUCUCACUGUCCUUAUAAAACAAACGUGUUACAUGUCAAAGUAUCUCAUCAACCAUGGCUUCUCGUUCUUCUCUUCUUCUCAUCUUAACCGUUGCUUCCGUCGUCUCUAUCAUCUCACCGGCGACUUCACAAACAUGCUCAACACAGAACGUGCUCUCCGCCGAGAAAACUCCGUUCCAGACAUGCCUAGACCUCCCCGAACUCGAAUCAUACCUCCACUACACUUACAUCGCCACCAACUCGUCUCUCUCCGUCGCCUUCGUCGCCGCACCAUCUCGCUCCGACGGGUGGAUCGCUUGGGCUAUCAACCCCACGGCGACCACGAUGAGCGGCUCUCAGGCGUUCCUCGCCUACGGAUCCGGAGCCGGCGCGCCUCCCGUCGUGAAGACGUACAACAUCACUGGCCACAAUCUCACCGAAGGGAAACUUGCCUUCGACUUUUGGAACCUACGCGCCGAAGCUUUGAACGGCGGUAGGAUCGCGAUAUUCGCGACGGUGAAGGUUCCGGCGGGAGCUGGGAGCGUGAAUCAGGUGUGGCAGAUCGGUGGGAAUGUGACUAACGGUCGUGUUGGAGUGCACCCGUUCAGUCCGCCGAAUUUGAACUCUAGAGCCGUGCUGAAUUUAACCGGCACGACUAGUACUGGUGGUGGUGGCUCAAAAACUCCGGGGAACGCGGGGUGGAUGGUGGCAAACGUAAAUUUAGGGGUCAAUUUGGGAAUUUUGGUUUUGUUGGGAACUAUAAUUAUUUUCUGAAAAUCUUCUUUUUUUUUCUAGUAAUAAUGCAAGCCACCAUAUAAUGUACUGUUUACCUUUUUAGACGUAGAGGCAUUUACUUCUUUUUCACCUAUCGCAUUGUUCUUAGUUAUUUAUUAGACGAUGUUAUGGACCA